CUUUCUGUCUCUCGCUGUCGGUCGACGCAUACGCAGGCGACAGCUGUAGGUGGCGUUGCAAUCAUACUCAUACGAGGCCGAUGUGUACACCACCAAAACAUGAUAUUUUCAUGACUUUUCCGGCUGAUUUUUCUGUGCAACGGGCGACUUAAACGUCCUCAUAACAUGUCAUAAAGACGAAAACAAUACUCCUUGUUCAUAAAGAUACAGCAGUAUAGAGACUUGGGAAUUAUACAUUUCAUAAGCCAACUUUGAAAUAGUUUUACCACAUAAAGGUUAUAAGAAAGAUAAUAGUGAGCAAGGCUGUCAAGUCAGCCACAGGACCAAUAACUAUUGUUUGGUCGAAUCUGAUCUGUGUGAUCACCUGACAAAAUAACCAGCAACCUGAUGUCCGGAAAACAGUAUCGUCUUCCACCAAACAUUCCAUCAUGAAAACUAAGCAGGCUAAAGAGGAGUUGGAUAAGAGCCUAGAUGAAGAUACAGUAGCAGAGCCUAAGACCAGAGCCCGGAAGAAGGCCUCGGAUUGCAACGAGGAGGAAAAGAAACCAGUCCAAGAUGACCCCAAAACUUCCAAAGAGAGCAAGAAACCUGGCCCCAAACCUAAAGCAGUGGUCAAGAAGCGACCUCUAGGAAUUAGAAAGACAAAAACCUUGAGGGGCAAGAAAGUCCCACCCUUAAAGAAAAAUGUUAUAAAGAAAACCAUUACUAGGGCCAGGAAGACUGUUAAAGAGGCUUUUAAUUCUCGUGAUAAAGAAACCGUUCCUUUAAUACCUGCAGCAGAAAUAAAAAAGGAACCCCUUGAAGACCCGACACCUGGUUCCAGGUCCUCGAGUCCGAGAACCGCUGGCAGGCGUGUCAGGCUUAGCUCUGAUAUGGUGAUGAUGAAGUCAGUUCUGGGUGAUUCUCCUACCACUUUAGUUCUUGGGCCACGGACCAGUCCUUACUCCAUGCGUUCAGAACGAAGUAAUAGCCCCUCUCUUUUCGAUGGAAAGAACUUGAGGAGUGGAAAGCCUCGUAAAGUAAAGAGUAAUCUCCUAAAUGAGGUUGUUAUGAAAGAACAGAAGAAGAGGCGGUUACUUUCAGAUUCAAAAACUGCUGAUGCUCCGGAGACUUCAGAGGAUACAAAGAAGUUGAAAAGGGGACGCUCUAGCUCCAGAGAUGGCAGUGAAAUCUCUAAGUGCUCAGAUAUUACAGAAUCAGAUGUCAGCCUCAGCGAACCACUCAAUGAUAAUGAAAAUAAGGAGCUCAGCAAAAACUUAGAUAAAACUAAGACUGACCUAGAUUUAGAUAUUGAAAAUAAUGUACAGAUCUCUCCUAUUGGAAAAGUGCCUUCUCUUAGUGUUGACUCAAAAUUAACUGAAACCAAACCUUAUACAGAGCCUAGUUCUAUGUUAAAAGAGAAAAACAAAAAAAAAUUGAGCUUAAAAAGAAGUACUUCAUUAGACUCAGACAACAAUAACAGUAAUAGGAUUAAGUUAGAAAAUAUUAAUGUAUCAGACCUAGAAGACAAAUAUUUGCUGAAGACUGAAAACGAUGCGCUUAUAGAAGAACGUAGUAGUAUAUUGACCAGUAUGUCCAAGACAUUUAACUCAAAGGAGGUAUCCAAAAAUAUUAGGAAAGCAAGGAGGGGAAAGAAGGCUGCCACCACAUCCAGACCCAUCGCUAACCAGGGAACCAAAAAUGGUAUCAACAGCACCAUAACCAAUGACUUAGUUGAAGAUAAACAUGAAACAGUUGACUCAUUAUCAAAAGAAAUCAGUGAUCUCAUUAAUGAUUUAGACCAAAAUAUAGAUCGCGAUCAAGAAAUGUCUAAUGAUACAAAUGUUGAUCAAUUGCAAACCAAGUCAGCAAGGCAGUUCUAUGGAAUCUCAAAGCCUUUGGGUGACAAUAAUAGCAUUAUCGCACCAGACACACCAGUAAAAGAUAAAGACACAAUAUCAGCAGUUGUUAACGAGUGUACACCGUCAAAAAAUGACGAUAGCGAAAAUAUCAGACUUCACUAUGAAGAUUCAGUUGAAAAAUGUCCUGAAAAUAGACCAGAGUUAUACAAAUGUAAUCCCACUGUGGCAAGCAUAGACAAACUUAUGGAUAGACUAAAAGAAUUUGAGGAAUUUGAUAAGAGGAGACAGAGACAAGAGUCAGAAUGUAAGACAAUGGAUAAUAAAUCUGUCAUGGUGUCUGAUGAUGUUGUUUUAAUACCAAAAUCGGGAGCCGAAUACAAACAUUUAAAAGACUUGCAACCAGUAAGAUCUCCAGAGAGAGUGAUUGAAAAAGAGAAUGUUUUGAGUUGCUUUGAAAAUAACUCUGCAAUAUCAAUAGUCAAGAGGGAUCAAGUGAGGCGUUCGAUAGACAUAGAUCUUCCGAAUUCUGUCACCUUAAUUAAAAGAAAUAGUGUAAGUGCUAGAAAAGAAUCUACAAGCUCAAACCAUUCCAAAGAUUCUGAUGCUAUCAGUAUAUUUGAGAAGUCAUUGGGCAAGGAUGUAACUUUGACUGAAAUAAGGAAAUCAGUAGAAAAGUCUGCGCCCGCGCAACAAAUCGAUCUUCAUCAAUUCGCGACCCUACAUCCAAAUAACGCGAGUCCGGCUUUCAGCGUUAUAGAUACGAGUCAAAUAUCGAUUACUUCAAGGACUAUCGAGAGUAAAAUAAAUAGUAAUGAAGUAAAAAUUACAAAAAGAAAAUCAAGUGGGUCGCUCUCGCGCAAAUCUUCCGAAUCAGGUGUAGAUGUUGAAGAAAAGUCUACAUUAGGAGACAAAAUGAUGUCGCCACCGCACCAAAUAAAAUCACCACCACAUCAAAUGAAAUCUCCAACACACCAAAUAAAAUCACAAGCAAUUUCUAUUACGCCUACGCCUGUUGCGAUUAAAUCGCCUGAAUCUACACAUCCAAUAGAAGCAGAUCCAGUGACGCCGCCUUUAGAAGAAGUUAAAACUGUUCCUAAUGAUAUACCCCUGACCUCUGAGGUCCCAAAAAUUGAUAGCAUAACAGAUUCUACGAAAAUUGAACCUGCAGUAAUUGAACAAACAAAAAUUGAACCUAAGAAAAAAGAAUCCACUAAAAUAGAACCUACAAAAAUGGAAACUGCAAAAAUAGAGCCUGCAAAAAUAGAACCUACAAAAAUAGAACCUACAAAGAUGGAACCUCCAAAAAAGGAACAAAAAAUAGAACUUACACAAAUAGAACCGGCAAAAAUAGUACCGCCAAUAAUAGAACCCCCAACAAUAGAAAUUCCAGCAUCUGAACCUGAGAAAAUUGAAAGUACUAAAAUUGCGCCCAAGAAUAUUGAACCUGAGCCAACCAUAAAAACUGAUCAAUCAAUAGUUGAAGAAGUUACGAACGUAACUAAAGAAGUACCUGAAAAGACAAUUGAACCAGAGCUUAAACUAGACAAAAUAGAACAACCAAUGGAAACUGAAACAGAAUUGGUUGACUAUAAAAUUGAGGAAGUUAAUAUAACUAACGAUAUCAAAGAAGUUAAAGAUGCAAAUGAAAUUAAAGAGUCAAAAGGAAUUAAACAUACAAAAGAAAUAAAGGAGGUUGAAGAUAAAAAAGAGAAAGAGGAUAUAAGACCAAAGGGUCCGAAAGUUAAAUCGGCGCGCAAUUCCACUGAGAACCAACCUGGACCCAGCAACGUAUUACUGGAGACUCCAGAAAGUCAAAAACGGAAGGAAAACGUUCUAAGGACAUUAGGUUUGCUUACCCACAAAGCUGCCAAUGAAGCGAAAAUAGAAAAAAUGAAGGAAAAGGAGCGUAUAUACGGCCCCAACUACAGCGGGGGUAUGGGUAAACCCAAAGCAGGGAAAUCAGACUACACUGGUACUCUGAAAACGGUCAUUAAGCUAAGCCGCGGCGCUGGAGACAGAGAUAAGAAGAAGUUCAGGAGUUCUUUGAAGAUGACCUUCCAGAAGACCAAGAGUAGAUCGGGAAAGCCGCCGCAAGAGUUUGGGGAAGCUGGCAGCGAAGACGACGCGUAUUACACCAUUGAAAGACGAGAGGGUGGAGCUCCAGCGAUUCCCGACGGUGGGCACAGAAAGUCUCAUUACAGUAAUCGUCUUAACAACCAUGAGGCUGAAGCAGUUCCCGAACCUGAGCCCAAAGAGAUCUUGAACCUGGUGAUCCCGGAGAAGGCGUCUUCAUUCAGUAUUCACCCCGGGAGGCUGUGCAUGGACCAGUGUUUCUACUGCGGAGGCAAAUUCGGGCUCUUCGACACACCCUGCCAUAUCGCUCAGAUGAAGAGCGGGGAAAGACAGCGGAAGGUUCUAGACAAUGAAGAGAAACUAACAAUAGACAGCUGCCUGUGCGACGCGUGCUACCGGCACGUGGACCGGCGUGCCAACUGCCCUUCAUAUCGCAAGCGGCCCGUCGCCAAACCGCCCGAUGUGCCGCUUAUUCAGAUGAGCGAACCCGUCCAGCCGAUCGUGCCUGACGCCGAGACGGUGAUCAGCCCCCCGCUAGAAGAGGAAAGUGAGGAGGAAACUCCAGCAGCCACCGCUGGCAGGCUGGCCACGUGCCACACAAGCGGCUGUGCGACCCUCGCCGACCACUCCAUACGCAGGAAGUGGCUCAUCAAGAUGAGGUCCAAUGUUAAUAAGAUUCUGAAGCUGGAGUGCGACUACCCGGGCCUGCACACGAUCCCUCUGUGCGCGGAGCACUAUCGCUCUCUGACACCCCUCAUGGCGUGUGUUCUAUGCCGGUGUCGGCUCACGAAACACCAUAAUCUACACUUCAUCCAUCAUGGUUACACUGAUCUCAAUCCACUGCUGAAAGAGGCUGGCAUACCAGUCGAGUUCCACGAGAGGCCAGUCUUAUGUAAGGUGUGCCGUUACUUCUGCACGCUUCUACAGCGUCCUGGGCAUAAGGACAAGCAUGCACGGGCAUACACGCGCAAACUUCUCCAAAUCUACAAUAUAGAAAUCCCACCUGAACUAAACCAAGACGCUGACGAUAGUAAAGACCUAGAAGACUGUAAUACUAGCGCUAAUAAACAAAAGAAAAAGGCACGGACGAAAUCCAAACAGAGAAAGUCAACAGAACCUGAAAAACAGGAAUCAUAUAGUGAAUCAUCGGAAAGAACUACAGAAAGUUCGCCAGAAAAAGAAAAACCAAGAGAAGACGUGUUUGAGGAACCUAAACCUCCACAAUCCUUGGAAGAAGAUAUAGAAAGUCUUAUAUCGUCUAAUAAAAUACCAGUUCCAGGAGCGAAACCUUCAGAAACCAAUCCACCAAGUGAUGCCUCGGAAACAGAGACGGUACCAGACAUGGUAACAGAUCUCGAUUCCUCACUAGUUCCCAUCGACAAACAGACUGAACUAAGAUAUCUACUUCAGAAACAAAACAACCCAGCACAAUUCCAACAUAACACUAAUUUAACUCAAAAACAGAAAAACAUUCUCAAAAUGCAUAAUCUCGGAAUUCAAAAACCUGGCCAACUGCAAAGAAUCAGUGAUAAAAAUUCGAAACGCGUUCAAAAACUUGGACAUAUUUUCGUACACAAAGACAAACCACCUAAAAAGGAUGUCCAGGAUAUUGAAAUGUUUGAUACAGAAAAAGCAAAAGAGAUGAGUGUUUUCAAAAAUAUAACUCUAAACGACGAAUGUACCAUAGAAACUAUACCAAAUAAAAGACCAGCUGAUAUAAACUUACUUAAAAACAAAUGGCAAAUGUCCGAAAGUUUUACCCAAGUCAAGAGAAAUCUCAGCGAACUUUCAAAGAAAACUACAGGUGAAAAAGAACCAAAGAAACAUUCUGAGGCGAAAUAUUCCAACCCAGUUAAAAGAUUAGAAACCAAUCCUUCAAUAUCGGUUCGAGAAUUAUUCCCUGGAGAGGAAGAAAUGAAUUUACAGUGUAACAUAGAGUUCAAUAAUAUCAAAGGCGUAACUCCUGAAGGUUGGGAGAAAUGCAACACCAUGAUUCAGUACGAUGUUGAAACUAAGAAAUUGUGGAAUGAACUUCAAAGGCCGUAUGGAAAUCAAUCUAGCUUCUUAAGACACUUGAUUUUACUAGAAAAAUACUUUAGAAAUGGCGAUCUGGUGUUAUCCCACAACGCGUCACCACACGCUGCAAAUUAUAGCACGUCGGUACAAAGCAGGUUACGAGCGUACGAUAAUGUGCCUUCGGAACCUAGAAGAGAAUCGGUCAGUUUAAUAGAAUUCCGUAAAAAACCGUCGUUGAACGGUAAAAGUUUGCUCAAAUCCAAUCAGAAUUCUGAAGAAAAAGACCAUAAAAAAUUCAUGCCUCCACCACUGCCUAAGCCUAAGCCUAAAAGCGAUAAGAAAAACAAGCCAUUACCACCCGAACUAAUAGCUAUUAAUACCCCUAAUGCUCAAGGCCGGAAAGCUAUUCAAAAUGUCUUACACAAUAUACAACAAUUAGUAAAAGGAGUUUCUGCAUCAGACCCAACUGAAGUUGCAGCGGCACCCUUACCUCCACCAACGUUUGAGCCUCCGAGAGAAAAGAAAGAAAUGCCCGGACUAAUUAAAGAUAAAAAAGAAAAGUCCGAGUCAGUUAAAGAAAAGAAAGAACACAAAGCGGACACGCCGAAAAAGCAAAAAGCUAAUAAUAAGGGAUGGAGACCCACGCUCAUGCCUAUUACACCUGAAAACCUAGCAAGAGUCGCCCGAGAAACGCCCAAAGUAGCUGUUGACGGUCACAGCUUACCUAGCUUAGUUCAAGUACUAUCCGCGGGGACCAGAUAUCAUAUAACCUUUGAAGACUACAAUAGAAUGUGCCUCAUACGUCGAGAAAGGCAAAAGAGGCUACAAGAAAAAGAAGCGAAAACUAGAAUGCCCUCUAGCGACGAAACAAUAGUAACUGAACUACAACCAUCUACUUUACUUGGCAACGGAGGUACAGUGUUACAAAAUAUCACCUCAGACAGAGAAGGUGACAAAAAGAACAUGCCAGAAUUACAAAUAGGGGCAAACGCUGCAACAAUACUCAAAAAUGUUGGGUUAAAGAAUAUAACAAUAGCUCCUAUACCAUCUAAAACUGCAACUGUAACCUCGCAGACGUUCACACCCUCAGUGUCCUCGCCACUAUUGGUAACAACACCAAUGAAAAUACCACAAUUAGGUCCAUCUGUGUCUAUAACAAGUGAAACUAUAUUAACGCCGAGUAUAUGUAUGACGCCAAGUCAAAUGAUACUACCAAAAAUACCUAAAUCGUUGACAGUGAUACCACAGACUGUGUCAAAUCAGAUGAUUAUACCUUUUGCAAGUAGUGCAAGUCAAAUUGUUGCAUCAACAAGUCAAAUUGUUGCAACAUCUGUGAGUCAAUCUUUUACAGAUCAGAGACCAUAACGAAACCUGAUAUUCGUGGUUGUAUAGCGACCGCAACUCGCGACUACUGUAGACUGAUUUAGAAAGUAGAAUGAUCCCUUUAGAAGAAAAUCCCUAGGAAAUUCUGUGACUGAGUGAAGUGAUUUCAUUGACUAAAAGAAAAAGAUAGAUGUAGUAAUGAAAAAACCCUCAAAUGAAGCUAAAUAAAACUGCAUUUAGGUCAUCUUCAGGGUUUGGUGAACAGAAUAAGGAAUUUCUGAGCUCCCUUCACCAGACACAAGUAUCACUGAGAUGUGAUAGGCUUGUUAAAUUAGCCUAUAUUUGACUGUUGUGUGUCAUCUUUUUCUUUUAAUCUGAGCUAGUAUGAUGGAAAAAUAGGGAAAAAACAGUGUUUUGUUAAAAAAUUGUUGUAUAAAGUGUCGGAACUAAUAAAGAGGUUUGACCAGUCGCGAGUGACUCCUAAAUUAUUAACAAAAAAAAUAGCCUAUUUUCGUACGUAGUGUUUAAACUGUAAAUGCCUCAAAAAAGUGUUUUUUUUUUGUGUCCGAGGCACAGCAAUAUGUAAGUGAGAACACCAGAAAGCCUUAAAAGUGUAUAUAUUAGUGUAAGAAAGUUGGAUUUUCGAGCUGUGAAUAAUGAUGGCGUAAAAUUAUGUUAAAUAUUAUAAUUAAUUAUUAUUACUAACUAUUAUUAGGCUGUCUGCACAUUGGCAACUAUUGCAUGAGCAACCAGUCCUGUAUUGACUUUACUGAAGUCACUGUAGUUUGCUGUAAACAAACUUUAUAAAGUUCCUCAAGCAAUUAAUGUUUACUCACAGACACAUACAGUUAAGAAAAGAAGGAUUAUAGUUGCUUGUGGAAACCAUAGACACAUGUGAGAUCUAUGGUAUAGCUUUAACAGCUGAACUUAAAUCACAGACAGUACAAAUUUAGUUUGUACCAAUAGCCACUCAACAAAUAGGAAUACUAUUGAAAGUCAAUUAUGUGAUGAUUAAUGUAAUAUUGUACAACACUCUAGAGAGAUGUAGACAUCACAAUUCUAUGUACGCUUGAGUUCCAAAUGGUUUUGCAACAGUGAGCUUCUCAAAUGACCGAAUGAAAGCUUAUUUGACGAACAAUUAUUACGAAAUUGGUUGGUUGCUAAAGCAAUUCAAGUAGCACAAGCAACUUUAGCUUUAGCAAUAGUAUCCAAUGUGCGAUUGGCUUUAAAUCACUAGUAUAGUGUAGGAGUUAAAAAGGAGUAUUUGUGCAAAUGAUAUGCAGGCUGACUCUUCAUCGCUUUAUUUAUUGAAUUACAUUUAAGUAUUUAUGCUCAUCAAAUACAUAAAAAAGCUAUUAAAUUUCAAAUACACUUUGUAAUACUGAUUUUUUUUAUUCAAACCACCUUUUUUUAUUAUUUAAAAAUUUCUCCAAGAUCUUAUAUCUGUAAAAUGUACUUUGACUAUAUUGACGUGAUUGGAUACUCAAAAUCUACUGUUUAGUCUAUUUUUCUGGCUGGUCUUAUUUAAACAUUAAAAAAAAAAAAAAUAGAGCACACGACUGUCCAGAGGUAAAAGUGCAUUUUAUUUUUAAAAAUAUGACAAAAAGAACUACUAUUAUUAUUUAUAUUAUUAGAACAUUCAAAAUUUUCUAGUCAGGUAAAAAGAAAACAUGCAUUUAUAAUUUAUUUAUCACAAAGCAAACCUCAUAUCACUUGCAUGAAGGGUAGACAAUUAAUUUAAACGUACAUAUUACAAGGUGCUUGAGUGCUUAUAUUUUAUUUAGUUUUGUAGUUAAAUUGUAGAAUAAUAAUUAUUAUUAAAAUUAUUUUUCUUUAAGACUAAAAUCAAGAAAUCUUGAGAAUUGGGGAUAGUAUAUACUAGCGUCGGGAGAGUUGUCUCUACCCAUUAUUACGUCUAUCUCAAUAGCAAAAAUAAGAUUAACGCGUAGAGAUAAUUAUAUCGUGGUGUAUAUGCUAGCCCUGCUAGUGUCAAAGCGGAAAGUGCGUAAAUGCAGCAUAUAAAAAAGAUUUAUCGUCAGUAUCUUCUUCAGCAUGUUAAAAGGUCAAACCAUCCAACUGCGUCCUUAGAGCCGCUAUGGCCCUCGCUUUGAUGUCCACCUACUCCUGUAAUUCUCACUAUCAUAGCAGAAGAGGAAUUUGGACUUUGACCCACCACGCUUGACCAUUGUAUAAAUAUAUAUAAACAAAAAAAAACUGUCACAAAAAAUUGGUUCUGUAAUUGUGGCGUAAUGGUGUAACAGCCUGUUUGUAAUAUGUCGACUGAAAGGCUCAUCGUUUUGAAUGGGAUAUAGAGCCCACCAAACCUAACCUAACCCAACAUGCUGCUCGAAUGCUAAAUAAAAUAUAAACGCUACAAUUGCACUCAAGAAAAAAAUGUAUAAACUAUGUGGUAAUUAUAGUAUGAAAAUCACUGAAGCAUAUUUUUCCAUUGUAAUAUUAGUGUUUCAUAGAAACUAAUUCAGAUGUUAUAUAGUCGUAGAGCCAGUGUCAUAAAUUGGUAGUUUUGUAAAAGUAUGAAAGUACAACUGUAAAGCCUUUUGACUUUUAUGAAACGUGUCCCCCAAUUUAUUUCUUGGCCUCUUGAACUAUCUCGGAUAGUUGUAGUACUAAACCUACCAAAAAAUCGGACAAUAGACAAUAUCUCAAAAAAUGCAUCAUUAUAGUUAAAAAAAGUUUGUGAGAAAUGUGUGAUACUCUGAUGAUAAAAAAUUCAAAUAGACUCAUUAAUUCCUAAGAAAUAGUCUCUAAGAGCUGGUGGUAAAUUUACCUUAGUAUGGAAAUCAAGAUGUGCCAAUCAGAUUUCGCAAUUUGUUUGAAGUAAAUACUUUAAAUAUUACCACUGCCUCUUGGACUAAAAGUUUUAAUCAAAACCGCUUAAAACUGUAUAGGAACAAAAAAAUAUUAAUAAUACUGAUAUAGCGACCAAUUUAAUGUGCGAUAUAUUCCAUAAGUGUAUUUUCCAAAAAAAUAUAAGUUUUAUUACAAAUAACUGUACUUAUAAAUAUGUGACGAAUACAUAAAAAAAUAUCCAUAGCAUUGAUAUAGAAAAAUGACAAACUUUCAACUUUACGAAGAAUGAAGUUCUGUUACUGGUUACAAGCAUAAGUAACUAGAUUAGUAAAUUAUUAAAAUUUUAAAAAAAAACUUCAUUUAAGUCUAAAAAGAGAUAUGUAUUGUGCGACCGACACUGCCACUAAUAUUUCGAGCCGCAACAUUACUAAAUUCACUAAAUUGCUUAAAUCUUAAGUUUUUUAUAUCAAUGUCUACGAAUUUCUAAAUAACAAGUGAUUCAGUGCCUGGUGGUCCUUGAGAUAGUACGAUUGUAUGUCACGGUGCACUUUUGUAAAUAAAACACACACACUAAGAGCUGGUGAUAUAUUUGUUAAAGUGUUUAUACGGGUCUAUUUUUUAUAUAUAACAAGUAUCCGUGCAAAUUAGAUAAAAACAACCAACUCAUCCAUUUCGGCUUACGCUGUAUUGUUAGCUAAGUGUCGAUAUCAUCAUAGUUGACGAUGUAUAAGCACCGAGAACAAAACGUUCACCAGAGCUUAGACUAUGAAUUAAUCCAAUUUUAUAUUUGGUAAUUAAAGCUCAUGGUUGAGAUUUGUAAGUUAAACAUAUAUCUAUUGUUGACAAUUACUAGUAUUUUAUUUUUGGUCAAAUAUCCUAGGAUACGGUCCAUUGUUGACAUUUAGAAUGUACAGUUAAAUAGUGUGUUAAGGCGAUGCUUCUCGAUUCGAAAUAGUGCCCUUUAAAAAUAAGAUUCCAAUUUUAAAUUUGGUAUUUUUGUCACACAACUAAAGUAAAGAAACUUUAUUUGCGUUAGAGAAUAAUAUUAUCUGUUUGUAAAUCUCCUUGCGUUGGCCUUUGUUAAGUGUCCAAAUAUUCAUAAAAUUCUUAUAGCACGCUUACUUGAUGAACUUAUUAAUAUGUAAUGAAGUAAAAUUGUAAUAAUUCAUUAUUUGAUAUACAAAUGUCUCCUCAAUAUAUAUUACAAAGUGGGGCAAGUGUUAUAAACUUAUAUUUCUACAAAACGUGCGAAGUUAUAUUUGAUAAAUCUGUAAACUUGAGUUUUGUUUUUUAAUUAUCUGGUAUAUUACGUUUAAUAUGACAGAGCCUUAGACAAAAGACCCAAAUUAAGUUGGAAUUUUACAUAUAAAUACCGAUUAUGAGCAGGGAACUGUAAAUAGAAAAACAAAAUUAGUUAAACAAGAGAAUUGUAGUAACUAUUUUUAUAUAUUUAGAAUGAAAAUGUAAAUAUGUAAAUGUAUGCGUUUUUUUUUGUAACCUGACUGGUGUUAUUUAAUAAGCGGACUUCGAUAGAAAGUCUUUAUUAUGAUCAUUUAUAAAAAAUAUAUUAAAGCUAAAAACAGUUAAAUAGUUUUGUUGUACACUAAUCUUAACUAAAUUGACAGGUGUCAAAAUAGUGCUAUCUUUUACCACAGGGAACAUUUAUACCUGUCGAUUUCGUAACGAGAUUUGUGUAAAGUUUAGUUAGUAUCAGUAAGCAAUCCUCUGGCUUGAGUUGGCUGUCAAUUUGUAUAGAUUUAUAUAAUCAUGCCAGUCUAUACAUAAUGUUGACAUAACUCAGUAAGUCGACAAUUUUAAUGUAAAGAUAUACACUCUGUAUUGUGUGAUAAAAAGCAAUCAUAUAUUUUUAGGUGCGGGCUUGUUAAUCUCUUUAAGUAUAUAAUAUUAUGUUAAUUUAAUUAUUGAAAAAGUUAAAUCGUAUUAAGUAAAUAGUGACUUAACAUCGAACAUUUUUGUUGCUCCGCCCCCUGACACGUCCUGACCAAUUAAUCUGACCAUAAUGAUGCACAAACAUGUGUGACAUUUAUUAUGGUGACACAGUAAAGAAUUAGUAUUUCAAGUCAACUUAUUGGCCAGAAGCUGACAUAAGUUAAAUAAUUACUAUUUUCUUAACACGUAAUACUAAAUCAUAAAAUUUAAUCAUAGCGAAUAUGAUGAUUAAGUAUGACCACAAACUGUUAUUAACGGUUAUUAGACAUCGAGAAGACUUCGCCUUAAUAUGCAAAAAUUGUUAUAUAAAUAAUAUUUUAACGCCACCACCCAAGUGGCUUCGCUGUAUGGAGUCGUAUUCGUCAUCGUACGCUGCAUGGAAGCUGCAUGAAAGCGUACAGCAAGCGUAAAAUGACGAAUCAUUUUCGUGGCGACGCUGCGUGUAUGGUGACUUAGUGUUUUGGAAGUUUCGAGAAUUGUUUUUUUUAAUUCCCGUGUCUCGCAAACGACGAACAAACUCAUAAGGCCUCAUUGCCCGGAUGUUUUAGUUUCUUCCAAAGAUAGUGUGUUAUAUAGUUUACAUUAUUUUAGUUUUUGCGCCCGGCACCCGAUGUCUACGUGCCCGAGGUAUGACUUUGUCUAAUAAACAUAUCCUGUCCUGAA